GCUCGCUCUCCCUCUCUCUCCGCCCUGGCCACGCCCACCCGCAGCUCCCUCUCUCUUUCUCGCUUUCUGCCUCUGCCGCAGAGAGAGCGAGACGCGCCGGGGACCGAGCUGGGCCGGCUUCGCCUCCUCCUCCCUCCUCCGCCGUCUCUCCCGCCGCCGCCGCCGCCUCCUCGGAGCCGACCGUUGCCUGCUCCCCUCCCCCUCCAGCUCCCCUCAGCAGAGCCGCCGCCGCCGCCGCCGCCGUUUGGGGCGGGGAAGGGAUUGAUGUGGAGGCCGAGAGCGGCAGCGCCGCCGCCUCAGCCAUGCAGCCCCCGCCGAGGAAGGUGAAAAUCACUCAAGAGCUAAAACUUAUCCAGGCUGAACAGAUGACAAAAAUUCAAGCCAAACAUCAGGCAGAAUGUGACUUACUUGAAGAUAUGAGGAUAUUCAGUCAGAAGAAGGCUGCAAUUGAGAGAGAAUAUGCCCAGGGCAUUCAGAAAUUGGCUAGUCAGUACUUAAAGAAAGAGUGGCCUGGAAUAAAAGCUGAUGAUCGACAUGACUUCAGGAGCAUGUAUCCAGUGUGGAAAUCAUUUCUUGAAGGCACAGUGCAAGUGGCUCAAUCCAGACUCAAUAUCUGUGAAAAUUACAAGAACCUAAUUUCUGAACCUGCCAGGGCAGUCAAGUGUUUUAAAGAACAGCAGCUGAAGAAGUGUGUGGAGCAGCUGACCAGAAUCCAGGCCGAAUUGCAAGAGACGGUCAAAGAUUUAGCUAAGGGCAAGAAGAAGUACUUCGAAACAGAGCAGAUGGCUCACGCUGUCCGUGAAAAGGCCGAUAUUGAGGCCAAGUCUAAACUUAGUCUUUUUCAGUCAAGGAUAAGUUUACAGAAAGCAAGUGUAAAGUUAAAAGCACGACGGUCUGAGUGUAAUUCCAAAGCUACUCACGCGAGGAAUGACUACCUUCUCACUUUAGCAGCCGCGAAUGCACACCAAGAUCGCUACUAUCAGACAGACUUAGUAAAUAUUAUGAAGGCUCUUGAUGGGAAUGUAUGUGAUCACCUUAAGGAUUAUUUAAUGGCAUUCAGCAGGACUGAAUUAGAAGUAUGCCAAGCUGUACAAAGCACAUUCCAGUUUCUUUUGGAAACUUCCAGUCGGGUAGUGCGAGAUUACAAUUUUCAGCUGUUCUUGCAAGAGAACUCCGUAUUUCAUAAACCGCAGUCCUUCCAGUUCCAGCCUUGUGACAGUGACACCAGUCGACAACUGGAAUCUGAGACCGGAACAACAGAAGAGCACAGUCUGAACAAGGAAGCCCGAAAAUGGGCGACGCGUGUGGCGAGAGAGCACAAAAACAUUAUUCACAGUCAACGGACUCUGGAAGAAUUAGAAUGCCACGGGUCUGUGGUGUCUGAGCAGAGCCGAGCAGAACUGGAACAGAAGAUAGAUGAAGCUAGAGAGAACAUCCGCAAAGCCGAGAUAAUAAAGCUGAAAGCAGAAGCUCGACUCGACCUUCUGAAGCAGAUUGGGGUUUCAGUGGACACCUGGCUAAAAAGUGCAAUGAAUCAAGUCAUGGAGGAACUGGAGAAUGAGAGAUGGGCUAGCCUCCCCACGGUGGCCAAUAACGGCUCUUCGCACUUGCUAAAUGUUGACAUGGAAAAGGAAGAAGGGGAAGAGCUAGAGGAUGGCAUGGAUGCUUUCGAUGACAGCAGCUCCAGUCCUUCUGGUACGCUCAGAAACUACCCGUUGACCUGCAAGGUUGUUUACUCAUACAAGGCUUCCCAGCGAGACGAGUUAACCAUUGAGGAACAUGAAGUUUUGGAAGUUAUUGAAGAUGGAGAUAUGGAAGAUUGGGUAAAGGCACGGAAUAAGUCUGGCCACGUGGGCUACGUCCCAGAGAAGUACCUGCAGUUCCCAACUUCCAACAGUCUCCUGAGCAUGUUGCAAUCACUGGCGGCAUUGGACAGUCGGUCUCACACUUCUAGUAAUUCAACGGAAGCCGAGCUGGUCUCAGGGAGCCUCAAUGGAGACUCCAGCGUAUGUUUUGUAAAAGCACUUUAUGAUUACGAGGGGCAGACAGACGACGAACUGUCCUUCCCGGAGGGAGCGAUAAUCCGGAUCUUGAACAAAGAAAACCAGGACGACGAUGGCUUCUGGGAAGGGGAGUUCAACGGAUGUGUUGGGGUCUUCCCAUCCGUGCUAGUAGAAGAGCUAACCGCCUCGGAAAAUGGAGAGAUUCAGUGCGUUGUGGAUGCUCAGGUAUCUCCAUCUCCAGCACCCCAGAAUUCUCUGGCGCCACUGCCGCUCUACGACCAGCCUCCAACCAGUCCUUUCCACAGCCCUGAUAAGAGAAGCUCCCAGUAUUUCCCAAGGUCUCCAACGACAAAUGUUUCAGAAAACAGCUACCCUGCAAACUCUCCUGGAUUCUCUCAGCCACCACGACCUCUUCCCGAAAGCACUUCGUAUGGCAAACUGAGACCAGUGCGCGCUGCCCCUCCCCCUCCCACGCAGCAUCGCAGGCCGACAGAGAAGAUUGAGGAUGUUGAAAUCACCUUGGUGUGACCAGCGGGGACGAAUUGCGCAGUAGUGCUACAAUCAAGGCCAAAUGUUGGCAAUGUUUGGUCAGCUCUCAUUCUUGGGCACCUUUGCAUGAUGAUGAUGAUGAUGAUGAUGGAAGAGACUUUUUUUUAAAAGACUUGAGGAGAAGCGGGAGGAUUCUCCGGGGCCGUGGACGUGGCGGUGGCCCCUUCUUCCCACGGUCAUUAAUAUUUUGUGCCUUUUAAUUUGUUGCUGUUUGGUUCCACUUUAUAUAUCUGCCAUCCUUACUCCUUUAGCACAAAAAGCAAGCAGAGGAACGCCUUUGCAGCUGAAAAGCUGGCCGUCUCAGUUCCCGGCGGAGGCUUCUGGGAGCUCCCCAUUCCGUGCCGCUUACAGCCGGUCUACAGAUCGCAGCUUCCCUUGCGGCAACCGUUCUGCAGGUUGACUCUUCCCCGUAACUGCUGCAGCGUGUAGCACCACGAGUUAAGGUCCCCUUCCUCGUCGCAUCAGACACCUUGAGA